AAGUUGAAGAGGCAAAAUCUCCACGUGAAACCAACUCAUGAAAUUUCUUGCUCUGUUUCCACUAUCUUCCUCGGCUCUCUGUAACUUAAUUUCUGCUCGUGACUCCCAAAAUAUUCUACUAUUUCUCGGUUAAUCCUCACUUAAGCGUUUAAUUUUGAUCUUGGUUUUCAAGAAAAAGAUGAGCCAAGAUGUUAUAGAAGAAGGGGAGUUAUCAAAUUCCCUGCUCCUCAAACGACAACCCAGAGAAGAUGAACAGACUACAAAAACUCCUGCUUCAUCUUCUUCAUCACCCACAUCUGUGCUUCUCCUCAGCACCCUUGUUGCUGUCUGUGGCUCAUACGUUUUCGGAUCUGCUGUGGGAUAUUCAUCACCCGUCCAGUCUGGAAUCAUGAGCGAAUUGAGUCUUUCUGUUGCAGAAUACUCACUUUUCGGUUCGAUAUUAACCAUAGGAGCAAUGGUAGGUGCAAUAAUGAGUGGCAGAAUAGCAGAUCAUAUUGGUCGAAAAGCUACAAUGGGUCUCUCAGAUAUAUUCUGCCUUAUAGGCUGGAUUGCAAUAGCAUUCUCAAAGGUUUCUUGGUUGCUUGAUGUUGGAAGACUGUUAGUAGGAUAUGGGAUGGGUCUACUUUCUUAUGUGGUGCCUGUAUAUAUAGCUGAGAUUACACCCAAGGAUCUUCGAGGAGGAUUCACGACAGUUCAUCAAUUGAUGAUUUGUUGUGGUGUCUCAUUAACAUAUCUCAUGGGAGCUUUUCUGAAUUGGCGGAUUUUGGCAUUAAUUGGAAUUCUUCCAUGUCUUGUACAGCUGCUAGGAUUGUUCCUCAUCUCAGAGUCUCCUAGAUAUCUGGCGAAGAUCGGAAAAGGGAAAGACUGUGAAAGUGCCUUACUUCGCCUUAGAGGAGAAAAUUCUGAUAUUUCUGAUGAAGCUACUGAGAUUAGAGAUUAUACGGAAAUGCUUAAAAGGACAUCUGAAGCUGGAAUUUUUGAAUUGUUCCGGUGGAACUAUACUCAUUUGCUAGUGGUUGGAGUUGGUCUAAUGGUACUUCAACAAUUUGGAGGUGUUAAUGCCAUUGCAUUUUACGCUAGUGCCAUCUUUAUCUCGGCCGGAUUUUCUGGAAGUAUUGGCAUGAUUGCAAUGGUUAUUGUUCAGAUUCCUAUGACUGCAUUGGGAGCACUUUUGAUGGAUAAAUCCGGGAGACGACCUCUUCUCCUGAUUUCUGCAGCCGGAACAUGCUUCGGAUGCCUUCUCGUGGCUCUCUCGUUCCUCUUGCAGGUUCUAGCUAGUACAGAAUCUGCUCAUCUGUUGAAUCAUGAUCUUAUGUUCUUGACGAUUGCUUUCUAUCACGUACAGGAUUUAAGACACUGGAAGGAGGUGACUCCCUUCUCGGCACUUGCUGGUGUCCUGAUUUACACUGGAUCUUUUUCACUAGGCAUGGGAGGAAUUCCUUGGGUUAUAAUGUCAGAGAUAUUUCCAAUCAACAUGAAAGGAUCAGCUGGAAGUCUGGUGACACUGGUUAGCUGGCUGGGUUCUUGGAUCGUCUCCUAUGCUUUUAACUUUCUCAUGAAGUGGAACUCAUCUGUGGGUAUUUUGACAGGUACAUUUUUUAUAUUUUCGAGCAUAUGUGGAUUAACUGUUGCGUUUGUUUGGAAGCUUGUACCAGAAACCAAGGGGAGAACACUUGAAGAAAUACAAAGCAUCCAUGGCUAAUCCUUCUAUAGAAUGCGUCUUAUUUAUUCUGUUAAGAAAAUAUUCUGAAAUUAUUUUAUAUAAUAACUGGCAUACACUUCGUAUAAUUCCAGUAGCUGAUAACCACGAGUUUUGUUCCUUU